AUGAUCUGUAUCCCUUGUGGCCAUGCUGUCGCUGCUGCAAUACACUCGAACCGUAGGGUUGAUGAGCUUGUGGGCGAAGAGCUAUCAAGAAACAAUUGGGCAGCAGCUUACUCUCUGAGCAUUAACCCGGCUGGGGAUGAGGUGGCGCCAACGCCUGAAGAUGAUACACUUGCAUCGCUUCUACUUGCGCCUCCCAACACAAGGCGUCCUCCAGGCAGGCCAAAGAAGAUAAGAAUAUUAUCAAGGGGUGAAUUCAAGCGUGGAGUGCUUGGUCGCAAGGUGAGGACUUGUAAGAGGUGUGGUGGCAAAGAUCACAACCGUGCGACUUGCAAGAACCCUAUAUGA